CCCUGCCCUCCAACCAUCUCUCUCUCUUCUUUUGCUAGGAAAAAUGGGGUUGUCGAUGGACAGCGGCGAGACGAGCCGCACCCACAAAGUGUUCCUGUUGACGAACUACAUCCUCCUCGGCGCCGCGUCGAGCUGCAUCUUCCUCACCCUCUCCCUCCGCCUGAUCCCCUCCCUCGUGGGCGCCCUCCUCAUCCUCCUCCACAUCGUCACCAUCGGCGGCGCCGUCUCCGGCUGCGCGGCGGCCAGGCGGCGCGUGGGCGGCGGCAAGUUCUACGGCGCCCACAUGGUGGCCACCGUCCUGACCGCCAUCUUCCAGGGCUCCAUCUCCGUGCUCAUCUUCACGCGGCCGUCGGACUUCCUGGGGCGGCUGAAGUCGUAUGUCCGCGAGGACGACGGCGUGCUGAUCCUGAAGCUCGCCGGCGGCCUCUGCGUGCUCAUCUUCUGCCUGGAGUGGGCCGUGCUCACGCUCGCCUUCUUCUUGAACUAUUAUGCCCACGUCGAUGUUCAUGGAAUCCACAGCGCCAAGGUUCGGGACGGGGACGACUUGAAGACCCUCCCCUGCCCACCACUUCAAGUCUAGCUACCUUCCAAUAAAUUAAUAUAAUAAUGUUUAUUUAUUCUUGUAUAUUCCAUCAUUUUAUGUAUCAUUUGAAUUAAUUUUGAUUGCUGAAUUUGAUUUAUUCAA